UUUACUUUCAUUCAUAUUGUUUUUUGAAAUAUCAGUAUCAGAUUCAAUUUCAUAACAUAAAAAACCUGCUUAGAGGGUCCACCGACGCAAAGACUAUGUAGAUAAUAGCCGUUCUGUCCCUUAUAUAUAUGCCAACAUCUGAGAAGCAGUGCCGUAGUAGUACAUGCCGCCAAUAUGAUAGCACUUUGAUAAUUCCGUUGCUAUUUUUUUUCACGAUACUUACGGUCUACUUGUCUAACUAUGGAUGCGUCAUUUUCACACUACAUUUUCCAAGUUUUUCUACCUCAUGCUCGUGGUUCGUUCCAAAACUGAGCACCAUUACCAGUGCAUGUCCCUGUCUGCUCUGCGGAAAGCCGUUUAUGGCGAUGGCCGCUCAUAGCGAUGGCGAUGGCAGUGUUCCAACGGGGUUUCAGGUCCACGAUUUGCGAAGACACAAGGAGUGUACUCGAGGAGGUCAUCUAAGUCCUUCGUAGCGGAAGUCAGCUAGGACGUACGAUGUCAGGAGCACCGAAGCCGUGGCCGACGCGCUCGCCCGACCGGGAAAUGGAGGCCAGAAUAGCUCGACUGAGCAAGCUGGACCACCUUUUUCGCGGUAAGAUUGCGACAGCGCGCAAGUCGAUGGGAGCAAGCCCUUUGCCGGGAAAGGCGUUUUCAGCCGAAGAGGACAACACUAGACAGGAAGAAAUUGUAGUUGAUCGAGAUUUUGAUCUUCGAGACCAAAACGUCGUCUGUUUAGAAAAUACAUCGUCUAGUUCUUUAUCAACAUGUGCACUUCAAUCUAGUUCAUCUCGGUGUCCGACGAAAGAGCAAGAGGAGAGCAUAUGCGGUGUUUUGGAUACCCAGGAUCAAGCAACUACAAGUAGAAAUACACUGGCAGAGGAACGCGAGGACGAACACCACAUCAAGCACAAUUAUAAUGAAGUGGGAGAUGCAUUGCGAGCUGAAAUAAGAACAUCAGCACACGACGAAUACGUGGCUUGUCCUGUUCCAUAUGAGUAUGCAGGUGAUCAGGAGGAACGAACAGACGAGGAGGGGAGAUACGGUGCAAGGGAGCAGGACAUACUGCAGACUGCAGAAAAGGAUGCGAUUCUGAAGAAUUCGCCUUUGCGUGCAUCCUCUGCUGUCGAUUUCGAUGAUGACAUCGCGUUUUCCGAGCUGUACAAGAAGAACAAGUCUCACGAAGCUGCGACUAAAAGCAAGGGUGGUCAAGAUCAUCGAGGAGCAAAGCAUACUGAGGAGGCCAAUAAAAGUAAGCUAAAUAAAGAGCGUGAUCGUAGAAAAGCGAAGCGACACAUUCAGAGUGCUACAGCAGUGGCAUCGUCUUCGCCUGGGCGUGAGCUGUUCGAAACACCUCCUUCGAGCGCAACAGAUGCACCUGAAAAUGAGGGUUCUGAUGGUCUUUUUCCUGCUGCUGGUGGACCUGUAUCAAAAGCAGUCGCCGCAGGUACUCGAUCUUCCCCAACGGCGCUGCAUAUAAACGCUCCUACAGCGACGCCCCGAGUAGCUGCAGCUGGAGCGAUCGGCUCUACCAUGUCGCAGUUCCGAAAUAGCCUGUCACUCAGUCUGUCAGGAUCAGCAAGGCGCGGAAAAGGGGAUGACACCAGUGGCAGCACCUCGGCGUCCUUUCGAGAGGGGCCACUGGCAGAAAACGCAAUGAUGAGUAGUCGAGGGUCAUCAUCUUCUACGUUCCUGCAGCAGCAACAACACGCAGCCUCUUUCGGAGAGCCACCUGCGACAGGUUUUUUUGCGAAUUUUCAGCUUCCGAAAUUCUCGCUGUGGCCCGCCACGGGAGCUCCUGCACCAGCUGGGACGACAGCUAAUGUUUUUUCGCCGCAGGAGUCUUCGACCGGUUCUGAUUCAUUUAGCAGAAGUGAGGCGCAAAAUGCUGUGCAACCCAAGCACUGGCAAGCGAAAAUACAGGGUGUCUCUCCGUCUCCGAUGUUGCCCUUCCGAACUGCUGGAUCGCCGCGAGUUCCACCUGGGAUUAUCGGACUACAGACACAGUCCGCAUCUGUUGCGAGUGUGGCAGCACCCGCUCGAGUACUUCCCGAUCCUGCUUCUUCGACCUCGACGGGCUCUCCCUGUGGAGACCAACAAGCAGGUGGAGAACGACAAGAGUUUGACGAAAAUCUCGACGUCGAUGGAAAUUCUUUCAGUGAAGAUCUCCACGCAAACUCCUUCAGCGAGGUGUCCGUUUCGGUUGCUGUAGAGGAACACCACAAGUUACCAGGAACAGGCGUCGGUGGAACUGUGGGUGCCAAUCAACAAGGAUCACUGGUUACUGCGCCGCCGAAGAUGUCUAUACUACUCCCGCAGGGGUCACCAGUACCAUCUUCACGAGUAGUGCCGAAUCUUCCCGUGUCAACAAGUGUGACUGCGUCUUCAGCUAGUGCUAUGGGCGGGGUAGGCAUGAGUGCUAGUUCGAUAAGUCAGACGAGCCCACGAGGCGUGACGACAUCGAGUUCUUCCACAGCCGCCAUGCGGGGUUCUCCUAGCGGAUUUGCUACUGCUCGGGGACCGGCGUCUUCAAGCAGCAAAGCGAGCAAGUCCAGUGCCACUGCGAGGGUAAUUCCGCAGUCUGCAAGAGGACCACCAACUGGAGGAAAGCCGCAAGUCGAUGUCCGCCGAGCGACCGUCUCGAAGUUUCCUGGAGUAUCGAUGUCACCACAGCAAGGGAAAAUCGUACACACCCUUUCUUGUUGCCUUUACGGUAGUUGUAGAUUGCAUAACCAAGUAUCCAUUCUGUCUGUGGAGUAGACUAUAAGAUGCUUCCUGUACUAGAUGAACUAUAUCUAUAGAUAGUUCGUCGAACUUUUUGUCUAUCAGCUUCCGAACUUCGUACCUCCGUCGGCGUCCUCUAAGGGUAAGAGGAGCGCAAACGAGACUUGGGUCCCAGUAUUUAGUGGAGCAGGGAAGAAAUCGCCAACGAAGGUUGGACAACAGAAUCCGAUCUCUCGAGUUGGUGCAUCACCAUCUGUAUCGUCAAGUGGUACGGGAAUUGGCAAUGGGAGAACGAGUAAGAAUACCGCCAAGUCGAACGGUGUGCCUCUUGCGUCGACGACAGCCGGCAACACUAGCGGCAGCACCCGCAGAGCAAAUGCUGCAACGCGUGGCACGGCAGCGGCUCGUAGUGCGUCGACGGCUUCAUCAGUCGGGAAGGGGUCACCGCGACGUCAGUCGUUUGUCUCAUCUUCGGGUGGUUCAGUACGCGGCGGCGGAACCGGCGGGACCAGCAGCGCGACAGGCGCACUGCCUCGCAGCUUGUCGUUCAAUGCCGGACGACCGCCAAGUUUCUCAGGCAAUAUGUCCUCGCAGAAGGCUACCAUCUCGACGUCAUCCGUAGCUGUGACUCGCGUUGCGGCCAUGGCUCCGUUUGCGAAGGCGAGACCUGCAGGAUCAAAUCAGCAAGUACUGAACCGACGCGCGACACACCACACUGGAGGUCCAGCAAAGACUCCGCGGGACGCAUCUCUAGUCGAGCAGAAACGAGGGCUUCAGAUGAGGUCACAUGAUGUGGUUAGAAAGACCGGUGAGAUGCCUUUUGCAGUGACGGAUAUAACAACCGCUGUGUCGGAACAGGAGACAAACGAUGAUAAGAGAAUGGACUCUACUGCCUCGUUACAAGUCGAAGAAGAUGAUAACGAUAAUGCCGAGAGGCCAGGUGAGACAAGUGCAGAAAACCUGAAACCUGCGCCUAGAAGCCCUUCGAUUCCUCAGGAGCGCUCCUUAGUACAAAAUGCUGAAGGUCAGACGCAAGACCUUCCCGAAGCUAACGACAUUAUCAAAAUCGGCCCGACCGGAAACGUUUCAUCGCAGAAACAAGAUGAUUGCAGCAAAAAUGCGGUUGGAGGGGCGGACGCAAAAGCUGUGGGCGAAGCCGGAGUUGAUAAAACUGAUAGAAGCUCCAAGAAGAUGCCACAAUAUGGACCCAAAAGCCUGCUGAACCAAGCAGGUUUCAUUCGGCUAGAUAUGAUUCAACAUCCAGGGUUGUCCAGUACUCGACAGAGUAGUCGCGAAACAACGUGUCCGCAGGAAUGUGAGACGACGAGUGCGACAGGCGGUUCUUCCUCCUCGUCAGCGUCCGUAUCUUCGUUUGCUGGCGUCGCUCCAGCGAGACCCAAUAAUACGACGACGUCUCGCCCACCGUUUCUGACGGCUACUGCGAGUCUCAUGAUGGGUGGGAAUCUGGGAUUUGCGCAAGCCUCGCCACGUAGUUCCUCAUCAGCCGAUGGGGAGGCUUCGUGCACGUCGUCGAGCGAAUCAAAACAAGGAACUUCUUGUUCUUCAAUUGCAAGGAACGACGCCACCGCAACCUCCGACGUCUAUCCUUGCCGAGAAGCAGCGAGAAAUAAUAUUCCAAGUGGUCUUGUUCCUAUGAAAAAUGGUCGCGGUCUUUCAACGACGGAAGCGAGAGCACCCGCCGUUGUGACAAGCAAGCCCGGCUCCCCGGAAGAGGCAUCAGGCCAGCUGCGCUUGCAUUGCAAUAUUCCACCACUCCUAAGUCCACCGGUAGGGCUCGGACAUAUACUAAAGCAAAUGUCGAAGGGUUCCUCGCUGAGCGGCUCGGCUUCGGUCACUGCUUCAAAGAGCACGCAGUCGAUUUCUGCGUCAUCGCCGUCGAUUUGCGCUGACAAAAGCAGAGAGAGCGACAGCAAAGAAGAAGCUGGAAUGAGCAAUCAUGUAAGCACGACCACGCGGCCGCCGUUGUCCAAACUGGGCGGCCAGUUUUUCCUUUCUUCGCCCCGCACCGAUAAUGCGGCGGGUAGGACACCUUUCGCAGCCGCGAAUCACGCACUGAACAUGACAUCGCCUGCAGGCUCGCUGCUUUUUGCCAAGGUAUCGGACUUGGCAACUGGAGCGACACUGGCAGGGAAGCAAUACAUUCGGGCUGCACGAGGAGGCGCUGCGUCGUUUUCCGUCAGCGCAGAUAAUUACUCGGCUGAGCAUUCAGCUGUCAGUGCGGGAGGACACGAGAGUCCGCCAACUGUGAGUCCUUUCAAAACAGAGCUCGAAAAACCAGCACUAAUAGCGGCUUCAUCUGUACGGGAGGAGCAUUUGGCAGGGUCAGAACAUCCGCGUGACCCACCAGCGGCAUCGGAGUUGUCAGCAGGCGGAGGGGGUAAGCCUCAACCAACUUUUGAAGGACACACUGAAAAAGUGUCUUUAUCGUUGUCAGGCAAAAACAAAAAUCCACUCAAAGACAAGGACGAUGCAAAACAGGCUGCAUCAAUAGCGAACACAGCAAGUAGCUCAGCAACGACCUUUUCUACUCGAGACAAUCAAAAGACUGCUGUUCCAGUGUCUCAGCCAGCGAGAGACUCGAGCCGACGGAGCGCGGACCUCGUUCUUGUCGAAGAUCAUUUUCAGCCUGCUGCAGAGUCGUUGAGCGCAGCUUUCUCGCGUCGGCGAACAAGCGUCGAGCGCAAUCGCUCGACUGUUGGAGCUGACAAUGCUAUGCUACGGGAGUCGUCGGUCUCGGGUCGGACACCGACACGCGCCUCUGCUGGUGGUAGUGUUUCAACUGGCGCGGGGAAGGAGACGGGAACAGGACCAGCGACUAGUUCAUCGACUCGAGGACAUAGUAUAACGUCACGUAGUGGAGGCUCGGCGACGUCGUCUGCUAUGGUCAAUACGCGAGGUGGAAAUAGUAUGAAUACUGGUGGCAUGUUUUCCGCACGUGGUCCUAACCCCUAUAAAGGUGCCUUUCCUCCGACGACAGGAAAUGGCAGAGGCGGAACCGCCAGCGUCGCAUUUUCGCCGCCAAAACGAUUGAAUUCUGUGAAUCGUAGAGUGUCCGCGCCAUUGGGAGCGCGUGCACGAUCGAGUGAGCGAACCCCAGCGAUAAGGGUAUCUAUCGGAGCAGGCCCAGCACGGGGUUCAACAGGUGCACCCCUUGCGAGUGCCAGAGGUGUCGUGGUUGCGACACGGGCCUCACCACGCCGACCGCAUGGCGAUGCAUUGGCGAAUUGCAAUACGAAUACUUCGACUUUGGAAUCGGCAGAGGAGCAAGGUGACGAUAACAAGGAUGAUGAUGUCGUCGCUUUGUCGCUGGCAUCUGACGAGGAAGCAGAAAGAAGUGAUUGUGCAGACAGGGAUGAUGAUGCAAGUAGGGUGACGCCCCUCCUAAGUCAUGGAUCGCGAUCGCCACGUAAAGCGGACGAAGGGACUAGAAUAGCGCAGGAGGAAGAGCGACAAGCGCGUUUGACGGGCCUGCCUCGUUCCUCGUUCUCCGUUCCCGGCGGUGCGUCGACAAACAGCGCAAUUAGUCGGGGGAGCACGACUUCGUCGAGCGGAAAUCCUCUGAAUGCACUGAAUCUGACUGGAGGAAGCACCACUGUCGAGAAAAUCAAAGCACUGGAACAGGAUCGCAUCGAGCGGCGCAAACGGCAGGAUGAGCUGAGGGAAGAAAAGCGAUUGUUGGCCCAAAAGGGUGAGGAUCCGAGUAUGUUGGAGUUCAAGAGAGAGAUCGAGCUUUUUCGACAGCAAAUGGAUGCCUCUAGUUCGAGCACGAGAGGUGGUGCCAAAAGUUCACCAUCAAAGAACCUCUCUCGUAGUACGGGUCAGCGAAGAGCAACGAUAGACUCAGCGCAUAUUUGGCCAGCUAAGCGGAAAGUUUUAGUGGCCGUCCGUAAGCGUCCUCUGGCGGAAAGCGAGUCGAAGCAGUUGGACAUUGUCUCAUGCUACGACAACGUGGUCUACGUGCACGAAGCGAGGCAAGGCCUCGGAGGGUCGAGCCACGGACGCUGUCUGCAGCGACACGAGUUUCCUUUUGAUAUGGUUUUCAGCGAAACUAGCACAAACGAGCAGCUCUUCCGAUCGAUAUGUGCGCCACUAUGCCAACGCGCCUUGCAGGUGGGGGCAUCCGGAACUCUCUUUGCCUAUGGCCAGACUGGAGCGGGGAAAACGUAUCAUUUGAAGUUGUGCCCAUUGGUUAUGUAUAAUUCUAAUUCAUUGAUUCUAACAUUCGUCUUCGUGUAAUUUGUUUCCUUGAUCUCACGGUUACUGGCCCUGAAUAAAUCCCCGCAUUGAGACAACCAUAGUGGCACCUGACUCUACGUGGUUAGCGAAGAAUCAAUUAGAAUUAUCAAAAUUUGAAGAUGAACUUGAACAGGUUUUCAGUCGCUGGGUCAGCGGGUUUUAUCACCAAGAAGGCACGCCCAGAUCGCAUUCCUGGAUUGGUGCAGCUCACUGCAGAGUUGUUAUUUGAUAGCAUUGAUCCAGAGGAGAUGGGCAUUAGUAUGAGCUUCGUAGAGCUCUACAACGGUCGGCUAUUCGACCUUCUCUGCAGUGGCGAUAAUUCUCAAAUUAUGAUGUGUUUGGGAGUGUAUGCGUAACUGUAUUUGGAUUGAUGGAAUUUCGUUUGAAAUUUCAGUUGAUACAGUCUCUAUCUAAGGUCUUACUAAAUCUAAAAUGCGUACAGGCAGCACUUUUUUCUUCUUGAUGUUUUGCAAAGGUCUAAUGUUAGUGGCGAACGGCGGGAGAUCAAAUUACUGGAAGAUGCGCAAAAUAACGUCCAAGUCAUAGGAAUGACCCAAUGUGCAGUGCAUUCCGUGCACGAGGUUGAGCAGCGACUAUUAUGGCUCACUCUGAUCCAUCUUCGGAAGCAUCUCAGAGAGGUUUUCAAGGGGAAAACGCUCUCAGGAUGAGCUUCGAGAUGGAUCGGGGUGAGCUCUAAGACUCGCAGGAGGCGCUAAAGUAAGGGCAACCGGGGAAAAUGUCCAAAACGACCACUCAAGUCGCAGUCACGCGAUUCUCACUCUGCAGUUGCUUCUUAUGGUUGUGGGUGAUGAGAGAUCAUAUGCAAUUUUUUUCUGUGAUGAAUAGGGUGGAAAGAGAGUGGUGUGUUGCUGUAUAUCUCUGAAAACAUUGAAAUUUCAAUCAUCAGAGUAACAAGAGGUUUUGCGUAAAACAAAACGUAGCAUCAAUAAUUCCUCCGCUACUUAAAACAAAACCGCGUCAACCCAUGGAAUGCGUCCCAUUCUCUAAUCCGAAGAAAGGCUUUUCCCAUGCGAGCGAGGGUGGCGACGUCCGAUGGCGGAAGUAUGGCAAAGUUACGCUUGUGGACCUAGCCGGGAACGAGCGUGGUCAUGAUACGGGAUAUCAUGCCUGCUCACGCGCAAAGGAGGAAGCACGAAACAUCAAUAGCAGUUUGUUGGUAUAUAAUAAUUUUUGAGAUGUUCUUUGAGUUUGGUGAUCAUUCAUGGUCUGAUUUCGAUUUCCUGCUCAUCUGACAAACUACUUCUUUGUCAUCUCUGGAUUGACCUUCUAUCCCCCAAGAACGACGAACAUGCCGAGAAUUCUCUGCUUCCAAGUACAACUUCAACUUAACAGGCUCUAAAAGAGUGUCUGCGGUCGUUAUCGACGAACGGGCAUGUGCCUUUUAGGCAGAGCAAAUUGACGAUGCUGCUGAGGGAUAGCUUCAUUGGGGAAAACUCCAUUACUUCUAUGCUCGCGUGCAUCUGUCCAAAGCUUGGAGCACAGCAGUAUAUUCUAGACACCAUUCGAUACGCGCAGCGUGCACGGAUGUAGGUUUGGGGACUCUUCUUCUCGAGACACAUGGCAUUUUUAGCAAUUUUUAGACACUGAUAUAUCAGAAUCAUUCAGCCACUUCAAAGAGGAGGCUCUUCUUGAUUUGGGGAGGUUCUUUUGAUGAAGCAUUGCUAGAAGUUUUCGAAUACAUCGAUGGGACAGAAGUAAAAUUUCAACUGCCGAAACCAAAUCGCUAUGAUUUCACAGUAAUUUCUGUGGUGAAGUGCCUUCCAUGGCCUGAUUUCAAUUUCCGCUAAUCUAAACCUUCCACAAUUCUUGGCGCACUUGCUGGGUGUAGAAGCAGUGACGCACGUGACUUUUAGUCAAUGACCAAAAACAAGACACUGUUGACCAAGAUACACUGCUCGCCGAGGUUAGGAUUUGAUUCACGUCUCGAGAGUUGUGCUAGAGUUUAAGUACCGUAACCCUGUAAUUUUUUGGUUUACAAGUAGUCAAGACAGAAGGCUGAGCAAAAGCAGGCACAGUCUGCCAUGGCAAAUCGAGUGCCACCAAAGAGUAG